UGAGAAGUUGCUGCUGGGUCUUAAUGAGGAGGCGCGAUCAUGGCGGACGUGUUGAGUGUUCUUCGCCAGUACAACAUCCAGAAGAAGGAGAUCGUUGCAAAAGGGGAUGAAGUUAUUUUCGGAGAAUUCUCCUGGCCUAAAAAUGUGAAGACUAACUAUGUGAUCUGGGGAACUGGGAAAGAGGGACAGCCUAAAGAGUACUACACCCUUGACUCGAUUCUUUUCCUGCUCAACAAUGUGCAUCUUCCUCACCCGUCCUAUGUGCGCAGAGCCGCGACAGAGAACAUCCCUGUUGUAAGACGACCCGACAGAAAAGACCUGCUCUCCUAUCUCAAUGGAGAAAGCUCAUCAUCAACGAGUAUCGACAGAAGUGCGCCCAUUGAGAUCGGUUUACAAAAGCCAACGCAAGUUAAAAGGGCAGCAGAUGAAGUGUCUUCAGAGGCUAAAAAGCCUCGGGUUGAGGAUGAAGAGCGUGUGCGUCUGGAUAAGGAGCGUCUGGCCGCUCGUCUCGAGGCUCAUAAAGAAAGCAUCGUGCAGACGGAUCAGAUCAGGUCUCUGUCGGAAGCCAUGUCCGUGGAGAAGAUCGCUGCUAUCAAGGCUAAGAUCAUGGCUAAGAAGCGCUCCACCAUCAAGACUGACCUGGACGAUGACAUCACCCAGAAACAGAGGAGCUUCGUGGACGCUGAAGUGGACGUGACCAGAGACAUUGUGAGCCGAGAGCGAGUGUGGCGGACGAGGACCACCAUAUUACAGAGCACCGGCAAGAAUUUCUCCAAAAAUAUCUUUGCCAUCCUACAAUCCGUGAAGGCUCGGGAGGAAGGUCGAGCCCCUGAACAGAGACAGACCCAGAACCAAACUCAGGUGGAUCCAGCAAUAAGAAAUAAACAGCCCGUCCCAGCGGCCUACAACAGAUACGAUCAGGAACGAUUCAAAGGAAAAGAAGAAACGGAGGGUUUCAAAAUUGACACUAUGGGAACGUAUCACGGCAUGACGCUGAAGUCGGUGACGGAAGGUGCAUCUGCUAGAAAGGCCCAAACACCAGCUAUGCAGCCUGUUCCCAGACCAGUCUCUCAAGCAAGACCCCCGCCUAACCAAAAGAAAGGUUCUAGAACUCCCAUUAUCAUCAUCCCUGCAGCUACAACAUCUUUAAUCACAAUGCUCAAUGCCAAGGAUCUCUUACAGGACCUCAAGUUUGUCACAUCAGAUGAUAAGAAGAAGCAGGGAAUUCAGAGGGACAACGAGGUUCUGCUGCAGAGACGUAAAGAUCAGGUUCAGCCUGGUGGAGCAGCCAUCAGUGUCACAGUACCCUACAGAGUGAUCGACCAGCCGCUCAAACUCGCCCCACAGGACUGGGAUCGUGUAGUGGCCGUCUUCGUCCAGGGUCCUGCCUGGCAGUUCAAGGGCUGGCCGUGGCUGCUGCCUGAUGGAUCCCCCGUGGAUAUAUUUGCCAAAAUCCGAGCCUUUCAUCUGAAGUAUGACGAGGCACGGAUGGACCCAAACGUGCAGAAGUGGGACGUGACUGUGCUGGAGUUGAGCCACCACAAACGACAUCUGGACCGGCCCGUCUUCCUCCGCUUCUGGGAAACACUAGACAGAUACAUGGUCAAACACAAGUCCCAUCUGCGGUUCUGAGAGCGCUGGCCGUCCACCUUCGAGAUCUUCCCUCCCUAAGAGACCUGUCAAGAUGGACUGCUACACCCCUGAUCCUCUCAGCCUCGCUGAAAGCACUUUGGAUUUCAGUAUGCUUCACCCUCUGCUGACACCAGUUUGAUUUGUAGCCUCUUCCUCCACCUGUAGAUGAACAGGUCAAGGCAGGCAAGAGGAAAUGUGGAUGUUUGGGUUGGUCCUUGUUGAGUUUUCUCAGUACAUAUGCAUUUUUCUAAUUUUGAAGCAGUUGGUAAUCAAGGCAGAUUUUCUUUCCUCUCUUUAUUUGUAAAACACAAGCUGGAGAGAACCAUUGAAAAUGGUAACUCAUUGGUAUGAAUACAUGACUGCUGUCUAAAACUCUUUAAUGAUAGAUUCACUUUGUUCCCUUUUUUGUGUUUUUUCUGCCUUCUGAUCUAUGAAGCAUAGAGUAGUACAUUAAGGUUCACUACACAAAUGCGAGUAGUAAAUCCAAGUCAGAU